UAUUUCUAAGCAGAAACUUUGGCAUUCAUACAAAGCUGAUUUGCGAGUGCCACCUGCAACUAUCUGUAAGGCUGCUUGCACAUCAUCGCCAGCAAGCUCCUAGCGCGACAUCCUUUGCAUGACACUUUGAGGUGAAAUGCAGGCGACCGAAUUCAAAAAUGAAUACUGGCUGCUUCGCCAUGGCCGAAGCCUAGCUAACGAGGCUGAAACCAUCGUCAGUAAGCCGGAGAAUGGCAUUGACGACCGCUGGACUUUGGCACCUGUGGGUGAAGACCAAGCGCGGGCAGCAGGGCUCAAGUUCCGCCAGGCGCUGCAAGCAGCGGAGCGGAGCAGCCGACAGGUGCUGGUGUACGCCUCGCCCUUCUCGCGGACUCAACGAACCGCUUUCCUGGCAGCGGAAGCGGCUGGGCUGCAGUCGGAGAUCUGCCCCGUGCAGGUGGCUCCGGAGCUGCGGGAGCGUUUCUUUGGGGAUAAGCUUGAGCUACAGCCGUACAAUACGGCGUACGGCAAGAUUUGGGAGCGAGACGAGGUGUCAUCGACAAACGUGCCCGGCGGCAACGGAGAGAGUGUGGACGAGGUUUCCUCCCGGAUCCGGCAGUUGUUUCAGCAGAGGUUGGAGGCGGAGCACCAGGGAGCCAUUAUAAUGCUGGUCAGUCACGGCGACACGCUGUCCAUUCUACAAGCGACAAUGCUCGGGGAGGAUCCGCGGCUGCACCGAAGGUUCGCGUUUGAGACUGCUGAAUUGCGACCGCUCCUGCAGGCAGGCCCUGGCCGAACGAAGACCAUGUUGAUGACUCCGCACACCGUGUAUCUUCUGUGUCUUACAUUCUAGCAUUUAAGGAUUGCUGUGCGUUUGGUUGGACACUUAAGUCAGUGACCAGCUCAUAAGGCAACGACACAUUUCCGCAAUAUCUCUUGCGCUGUGGAGUAGGGCAACUUAAUUUCUUGUUUGUUCAAUGCGACCUUGCUUUAUCCAGCUGAGCAAUCCUUUUUCCGUUGGUGUCUGGUGUCAUUUGGACAGCUAGAGGCAGUUCCAAGUUUGGACCUGAGAUGUGAGGAAGACUUCCUUUCAAUAUAAGUUGCUGUUUUUAUAGAUUCGUGGUACGAUAAUAAAAAUGAGGUCGAUGUCGGACUGAGCUUGUAACGCU